AUGGUACAGAUGAGUGUUUCAAAGAGGUACUCGAUGCUGCUGCUAGCAUUGGGGUUGAUUUUCACGCAAUCGUCUGUCGGAGCUUUACCACGAGAAGGUACAUAUUUUGCACGAUCGAAUGUUUCGUCCGAACUCACCGGGACGUCUUCCAGUCACAGUAUUUCGGUCAUCAGGAUCUUGUCCGAUGGACGAUGGGAACGGUUCAUUCGGUGGCCCGGAGUCUGCGUCAAGGAGAUCAUUGUCAAUUGGGGAAAUACAAAUGUGACACUGCGACAAGUCUGGCUUCGUAAAUCAAACAGAAAGCUGCAAUUGAUAUAUGCCGGUGAAACAUUGACUGACUGCAUUGACGAGAAGCUCGCGUGGUGGGGCGACAGCGAGUGUUUACCCAGCUCUCGCGAUGUCUAUCGUUAUCACGAUGACGGUGACGAGGUGUCGAUCGAGGUGUUCCAACUGGACGGUAAGGACAUUUCGAGGAUACCCCGUGACCUCUCUUGGCUGUUGUCGACAUCGGAGCUUCGUCAUCGAUGCGAUCGCAUGAGAACGAGAGUGCGAAGCCAAGCCGUGGCCCAAUAUCGACAUAGGAAAUACGAAAAAUCGACGAACGCGACUAACGGAAAGCGAAGUCGAAGUCGGAAUCGAAGAGAAUUAUUCAUGAUACCAGGAACGCAAUGGUGCGGUCGCGGUGACCGUGCUACCAAGUAUACCAACUUGGGCGGCUUCGGCAUGGCUGAUGCCUGUUGCCGAAAACACGAUACAUCUUGUCCCUUUUUCAUACCGGCAUUUGAGACGCGAUACGGCGUUUUCAAUUGGAGAAUUUCGAGCAUGAUGCAUUGCGCUUGUGACGAGCGAUUUCGCACAUGUUUGAAAAUGGCUGGGACUGCAUCGGCGGAUUUUAUCGGCAAAAUCUUCUUCGACGUACUCCAAUCAAAGUGCUUUAUUCUGAAACCGCAGAAGAUAUGCGUGAAACGAUCCUGGUGGGGUAAAUGUCAACAUCAUGAAUACCGAAAGCAGGCCUACGUACGAGAUAAUGUUCCUUACUAAGGGUGCUAUUUUAUUCGUGCGUUUUUAUCGUACGACAA